AUGUCCGAGGCGCCGUCCGUUUUGCUGCGCGUAAAGCGGCCCUUGACGGAAACCCCAGUAGAGUGCUUCAGCGCCAUCCCCACCAAGCGUCUGCGUUGUCAAAAGGCCGAUUACAACAUUCCAGCCUCCUUCCGGUACCUUGGAUCUACGUCUGCCCUCACAGAUACCACGCGUUUCUCCACAGAGGAUUUGCACAAUUAUGCUCCCUUAGGCAAGACCAAACUCUUCCUGUCCUCCAAUUCCACAGCGCAUGUUGUCGAUCCGGAAACGUCACGAGCAGUACCUUGCAAGGUGCGGUUUUCGAAAGCAGCAAAGAGGAAGGCUGAUGAUUCUGAGGAAGUCGCAAGUCGGACGUCGCCCUCAUCUUCACCAAGGCCUCCUUCACCAAAGUCCCUGCGUGUUAUCGACAUCCUCUAUGAGCCUCAUCCAGAAUCUCCCUCCCCUACCCUGCACAGAGCAACUGGAGGCCGAAGCCGUUCCAACGAUAAAGACGAAAAGGAGGACGUUUUAGUGGAUAAGAUUCAUAAUGGUCGCGAUUUCAUCUACGACGUCUACGCUCCCGUUACUCGCUUGGAUGACGAAAAUGAGGAUGGCUUGGAACCACCGUUCGAAGGCAUUUAUGAAGGCGAUUCAGACGAAUUCGAUGAACGUUAUUUCUGUGACGACGAAGACUCUGAUUCAAACAGCGAAUCCAACUGGAGAAAUGACUAUCCAGAUGAAGAGGAUGAUGAUUUUAUGGAUAAGCGGCUGAUAACUCGGUUUAGAGGUGACUACGAUGACGACACCGAUGAAGAGAAAGAUGACGACGAUGAGGAUGAUGAUGAUGAAAGUGAACUUGAUGAGUAUCGGUAUUCCAGUGAUGUCUGCGAAGAGAUUUAUGAAUUCGAGCGACUAGGCAUGAAUUAUCGGCCGUAG